GUAAAAAUUCACUUAUUUGACACACAUGUCCCAGAAAGUUUUCCUGCUAACUCCGCUGUUGAUCCUGUUGAGUUACUCAUUUAUUCAGCUCACACUCAUUGAGUGUGUGCCACAUGCCAGGCAAAAUAGGGAGCUGUGCUGUGGGCUCUCUGUACCUCGCCCUUUGGCAAUCCGCACACCUGUGCACGUUGCAGGUGGCCGGCACGCGACGGCUUCAACUGUCGAUGGAGAAGUGUUCUCGUGGGGCGAAGGUGACGACGGAAAACUUGGACACUUCAGCAGAAUGAACUGUGACAAGCCAAGGCUGAUCGAGGCCCUGAAAACCAAGCGAAUCCGGGAUAUCGCCUGUGGGAGCUCGCACAGCGCGGCCCUCACAUCCAGCGGAGAACUGUACACCUGGGGCCUCGGCGAGUAUGGCCGGCUGGGACAUGGGGAUAAUACGACCCAGCUAAAGCCCAAAAUGGUGAAAGUCCUUCUUGGUCACAGAGUAAUCCAGGUUGCAUGUGGGAGUAGAGACGCACAGACCCUGGGUCUGACCGAUGAAGGUUUGGUAUUUUCCUGGGGUGAUGGUGACUUUGGAAAAUUGGGCCGGGGCGGAAGUGAAGGCUGUAACAUUCCCCAGAACACUGAGAGACUGAAUGGACAGGGGGUGUGCCAGAUUGAGUGUGGAGCUCAGUUCUCCCUGGCGCUCACCAAGUCUGGAGUGGUGUGGACAUGGAGAAAGGGGGAUUACUUCAGGUUGGGCCAUGGCUCUGACGUGCACGUGCGGAAACCGCAGGUGGUGGAAGGGCUGAGAGGGAAGAAGAUCGUGCAUGUGGCUGUCGGGGCCCUGCACUGCCUGGCGGUCACGGACUCGGGGCAGGUGUAUGCUUGGGGUGACAAUGACCGUGGCCAGCAGGGCAAUGGCACGACCACGGUUAACAGGAAGCCCACACUCGUGCAAGGCUUAGAAGGCCAGAAAAUCACGCGCGUGGCUUGCGGGUCGUCCCACAGUGUGGCGUGGACAACCGUGGAUGUGGCCACGCCCUCUGUCCACGAGCCCGUCCUCUUCCAGACUGCAAGAGACCCUUUAGGUGCUUCCUAUUUAGGUAACACAGAUUUGUGUCUUCUCUGAGAUUUUUCUGUAGAU